CUCCAGCCGCGCGCGGUCAUUGGGACCGGUUGCUGUUAAAAAUAACGAGUUGAUGUUGAGAACUACGACGACGGCGUGGCAUUUCAGGAAAACGAAGAGAAGAAGCUACCAUGAUGGUGACCUCCACGCUUUUAAUCAAGAAGCGACCUCCCUGAGGACCCAAAAGGAACAGCAGUCGACCCUGUUUGACCCGCGGCCCGGCGCGGCCCACGCGGAACGAAGAGGACUGUCCGUGGUGUCCUCGGAACAGGAACAGCGCUGCGUGCCUUUGACGAAGGGAAGAAGUGAUGAUAACGGCAUCAAGAAUUUUUAUACUCCUAGUCCUACCACCACACGGAGGACACGACCGGUGGUACAG